UGGCAUGGGCAACUGCAGCUCAAGUGGAGGUCGAGAGGAGGAGGCAAUGACUGGGUGAGAGAGGAGGCUAGGAGGAGAAAACCCCGCCGAACCAACGCAACUCUAAGUGUACAUACAUGGUACGGAUGCGACCCUUGGGUCUUGGCCCCUUUGACAAAGAGGUUAUCGAGAAGGAGGGGUGGAGGCUCGGAGACUGGGGAUAUGGGACAUGGGAGUCAGAAGGAAUCUAGAGCCCCGAAGUAUGUGCGAAGAGCAGAGAAGAGGAUCUUGGCGGGGAGAGAUGGAGGAGAGAAUGGACUGAAGCGGAUGGCGUCGGCCAUUGCCCGGCUGCUCUAUUACUCUCACCGUUUGGUAGAGCGGGUAACUCCAGAGAAGAAAGACUGA